AUGUCAGUAUCAUCUAAUCCCUAUGGACCAAAUCCUUCGGAUUUCUUAUCCAACGUCAACAAAUUUGAGGUUAUUGAAAGUACCUUGAGAGAAGGUGAACAAUUUGCCAAUGCCUUUUUCUCAACUGAGAAAAAAAUCGAGAUUGCUAAAGCUUUGGACGAUUUUGGUGUUGACUACAUUGAGUUGACUUCACCAGUGGCAUCGGAACAAAGUAGAAGAGAUUGUGAGGCUAUUUGUAAAUUGGGUUUAAAAGCUAAGAUAUUGACUCAUAUCAGGUGUCAUAUGGAUGAUGCAAGAGUUGCUGUUGAAACUGGGGUCGAUGGAGUAGAUGUCGUUAUUGGUACGUCACAAUUUUUAAGAACAUACAGUCACGGCAAAGAUAUGAAUUAUAUAGCACAGAGUGCAAUCGAAGUUAUAGAGUUUGUCAAAUCAAAAGGAAUAGAAAUUCGAUUUUCGUCAGAGGACAGUUUUCGAUCAGAUUUGGUUGACUUGUUAAACAUAUAUCGUACAGUGGAUAAAAUAGGUGUCAAUAGAGUUGGUAUUGCUGAUACUGUUGGCUGCGCUAAUCCAAGACAGGUUUAUGAGUUGGUGCGUACUUUGAAAUCGGUUGUAUCGUGUGAUAUCGAGUGUCAUUUCCACAAUGAUACCGGUUGUGCUAUUGCAAAUGCUUAUACUGCGUUGGAAGCCGGAGCCAAGUUGAUUGAUGUAAGUGUAUUGGGAAUUGGUGAAAGAAACGGUAUAACUCCAUUGGGUGCUUUAAUGGCAAGAAUGAUCACUGCUGACCGUGAUUACGUCUUGUCCAAAUACAAACUUCACAAAUUAAGAGAUUUGGAAAACUUGGUUGCCGAUGCUGUUCAAGUCAACAUCCCUUUCAAUAAUCCAAUCACCGGGUUCUGUGCAUUUACACAUAAAGCAGGUAUUCACGCAAAAGCCAUUUUGGCCAAUCCGUCAACUUAUGAAAUUUUGAAUCCAAGUGAUUUCGGAUUAACUAGGUAUAUUCAUUUUGCUAAUAGGUUAACUGGUUGGAAUGCGAUCAAAUCGAGAGUUGACCAAUUGAAUUUAAGCUUAACUGAUGAUCAAGUUAAAGAAGUCACUGCGAAAAUCAAAUUAUUGGGUGAUGUAAGGCAAUUGAAUAUCGACGAUGUCGACUCCAUAAUUAAAGACUUUCAUCAGGAGCAGAACACACCAGCAAUGAGGCCACAAACUAAUGGCCAUAGAGAACACGAUAUUGAUGCUGAAGUCGAAAUCAUACCUGAUGAAGAAUUGCAAAAUAAAAGACAAAAAGUUGACUAA